AUGGAAUAUCAUGAAUUCAUGAUUUUUGAUCGUCCAAGUGAGCAGUAUGGCGAUGAUGGGGUAAGAGACUACCCCAAAGCCGUGUACCUGAGCAUGAGCUUCGUGACAACCUCCUACCUCGCCUUCAGCCUGGUCAUCUACGCCUGGUGCGGGAAGUGGAUCGCCUCGCCCUCGCUCGGCAGCGCCGGCGAGACCGUCAAGCGCGUCGCGUACGGCAUCGCCCUCCCCGGCCUCAUCGUCAGCGGCGCGCUGUACGUGCACGUCGGCGCAAAGUACCUCUUCCUGGGCUGCACCGUAACCCUGUCCGCCAUCUCCUUCAUUCUGGCCAGCGCCAUCCCCAUCUUCACGUAUGUCCUUGCCUUGGUGGGGAGUCUCUGCUAUUCGCCGCUGGCGAUCUGCUUGCCCGGGUGGUUGUGGCUGUAUAGUCACCAGCACUACCGGCAGGGCAGCGUCGGGCGGCUCGUCAUCUACGGUCUGCAUGUGGGUAUGAUUUUACUAGGGGUCUUUAUGACUAUCGGAGGCACGUACGGGGUAGUGGUGCAGAUCAUGGAUGCGUACCGCAACGGACGGAUUGACCAAGCGUUCUCGUGCGCGGACAAUAGCGGUACAGUCUCGUAG